AUGAAUCUACGUUCUGUAUUUACUGUAGAACAACAAAGGAUUUUACAGCGUUAUUAUGAAAAUGGGAUGACAAAUCAAAGUAAAAAUUGCUUUCAGCUCAUAUUACAGUGUGCACAGGAGACUAAGCUGGACUUCAGUGUAGUCAGGACGUGGGUUGGCAAUAAGAGAAGAAAAAUGAGUACUAAGAAUUCUGAAUCAGGAGCAACAACACCGAGAACUGUUUCUGGCACCUCUUUGGCAGUUCCAGAUGUUACAGGCAGAAAUGUGGUUAAUAUUGCUCGACCCCCAAAUCAACAGUCAUCUUGGACAUCUGGCAAUAAUGAUGUCAUUCUCACUGGUAUAUAUAGUCCAACCAGUUCAUCGAAUAGGCAAGGGACAACCAAACAUACAAAUAUACAAAUCCCAGAAGCACACAAAAUCCCUAUUCAGAAAACUACCAGUAAAAAUGAUACUGAGUUUCAGUUGCACAUACCAGUUCAAAGACAAGUAGCACACUGUAAAAAUGCCUCCCUGCUCCUAGGAGAAAAAACAAUUAUUUUGUCAAGACAGACAAGUGUGCUAAAUGCUGGAAAUUCAGUAUACAAUAACACGAAGAAAAAUUAUGGAAGCUCUUCAGUGCAAACUUCUGAAAUGAUGGUACCCCAAAAGCCAUCUGUGUGCCACCGACCUUGCAAAAUUGAACCAGUUGGGAUUCAAAGAACGUAUAAGCCGGAACACACUGGUUUGGGUUCACACAACUCAUGUGGACAAAAGUCAAUUAUUAGAGACCCUUACUGUAGGACACAAAACUUGGAAAUCCGUGAAGUAUUUUCAUUGGCAGUUAGUGAUUAUCCUCAGAGAAUUCUGGGAGGAAAUGCCUCUCAGAAGCCUAGCUCAGCUGAAGGAACUUGUUUGUCCAUUGCAAUGGAGACUGGGAAUGCUGAUGAUGAGUAUGCCAGAGAGGAAGCGCUGGCAUCCAUGGGAGCACAGACACCAAACUACUCAAGGUUUUAUGAAAGUGGAAGUUCCCUUCGACUUGAAAACCAAAGUACAACUUUGUCUGGGCCAGGAAGAAGCAUGUCAAAUUCACAAAUGGUGAAUAUUAGAGAUUUGUCAGACAAUGUACUGUACCAAAACAGAGACUACCACCUGGUACCACGGACCUCAUUACAUUCAGCAUCUAAUACAAUGUACAGUAAUGCACGGAAUAGUUUUUCCCCACAUUUUGCAUCAUCGAACCAAUUGAGGUUAUCACAAAACCAAAACAAUUACCAGAUUUCAGGAAACCUUACUGUGCCUUGGAUUACAGGGUGUUCUAGAAAAAGAGCACUACAAGAUCGUACUCAGUUCAGUGACCGAGACUUAGCCACUCUUAAGAAGUACUGGGACAAUGGCAUGACCAGUUUGGGCUCUGUUUGUAGAGAGAAAAUUGAAGCAGUUGCAACUGAAUUAAAUGUUGACUGUGAAAUAGUGCGGACUUGGAUUGGGAAUCGAAGAAGAAAAUAUCGUUUAAUGGGGAUUGAAGUUCCACCUCCAAGAGGAGGCCCUGCUGAUUUCUCUGAGCAGCCUGAGUCUGGCUCUUUGUCUGCCUUCCCACCAGGAGAGGAAGCUGGGCCUGAUGUUGGAGAGGAUAAUGACCGAAAUGACGAAGUAUCCAUCUGUUUGUCUGAUGGAAGCUCUCAAGAAGAGUCCAGUGAAGUUGUUUCAAAUGAGGUAAGGGUUCAUAAGGAAGAUGGCCAUCAUGCAGUAUCUGAAGAUAAUGUGAAAAUAGAAAUUAUUGAUGACGAUGAAAGUGAAAUGAUAAGCAAUUCUGAAGUGGAACAAGUGAAUUCUCUCUUGGAUUAUAAGAAUGAAGAAGUCAGAUUUAUUGAAAAUGAGCUAGAAAUCCAAAAGCAAAAAUAUUUUAAACUUCAAACCUUUGUUAGGAGCUUGAUACUAGCUAUGAAAGCUGACGAUAAGGACCAGCAGCAGGCACUGCUGUCAGAUUUGCCUCCUGAAUUAGAAGAAAUGAAUUUUAAUCAUGCCUCACCAGAGCCUGAUGAUACCUCAUUCAGCCUGUCUUCUUUAUCAGAAAAAAAUGCCGCAGACAGUUUGUGAUUUGAUAUAGCCUUUUGGUUGCCUAACAGGUGUGCAUUUCAAGAUAAUUGCAUAUGUUGCCCAAUGUUCUUCAGUUGGAAACAGACAUAAUCUGUGAAGGAUGGACAAGUUGUAAUGGCGACAAUGUAUAGUGCAAAAAAGGAUGUAAAAUUUUAAAACAUUGAGAGUUUUUUCCAAAUUGAUGGAACUCUGGGAAACAUUCUAUUUAAUUUCAAGCAGUUCAGCUAUGAAAUGUAUAAUGUCUAAUUUCUGAAAGAGUUUUGUUCAGUUUUAUAGAAGAGUCAUAGUUUUAGUAAUAGUUUUGACCAGACACAAAAAUAUAGUUCGAUGUACUUACCAAGUUGCUAAAACUUGAUUAGCCUUGUUUUUGUAGCCAUUAUAUCUUUUUUUCCCUUUCUCCUUUCUAGCAUCUACAUACACAUUUACUCAGGAAAAAUGGAAUGAAUACUGGAACAAAACAAAAUGAUUAUUUAACCUAGACAAGCCCUGAGAUUUAUUUUAAAUUCCUAUGAAAGUUUGAUGUAAACUAGUAAUUGAAAAUUGAACUGACGACUAGUUUAUAAUUGAAAUUGUUGCUUUCCUUCUAUGAUCUAAUUCAAAUAUUAGAUGGGGCACUGUGGAAAAUUACCCCACAAAUAUAAAAUCAAGUAAGCUAUGUACAGAAACAAAAAUAUAAAUGUUGUACAAUAUUAGUGUUGAUGGGAAUUCUUCAUUGUUGCAACAGACAAAUCUCAUUCUAUAAGUA